CCUAUCAGAAUUAGCUGUCGUGUCCAGAAGGUGAAAGGGAACUACGGCAAGCGAAGCGGACUAUAAAUGUUUGGUCAGCAUUGUUGUGAGUUGUUACCUGAUUACUUUGGGAUAAGAAUCUGCAAGUGUUUACGGAUUCACUCGGACUUCAGGAUCAGGACAUCAUCAUCAUCAUCAUCAUCAUCAUGGGUUACACAAAGGGGCAGCUUUGGUGCUGCCUGCUGCUGAUGUCCUGCUGUGUGCUUUGUGUUCACUCACAUGGAGACCAUCAUGGUCAAGUGUCAGGAAACCCACCACCUCCCAUCACCCGCAUAGACAGGAACAUGGUGCAGGACAAAGACCACAUCAUGGAGCAUUUAGACGGGGUAAUCGACAAGCCGGAGUCGGACAUGACUCCUCAAGAGCUGCAGCUUCACUAUUUCAAAAUGCAUGACUAUGAUGGUAACAACCUGCUGGAUGGGCUCGAGCUUGCCACCGCAAUUACACAUGUACACACGGAGGAGAAAGGUCAGAACAGCCCACCGAUGAACGAGCAGGACCUCAUCAAUAUUAUCGAUCAAGUCCUUCGAGAUGAUGACAAAAACAACGAUGGCUACAUCGAUUACGCCGAGUUUGCGAAGUCUCUCCAGUAAUGAGGGAGGCAUGGAGGUGUUACUGUGUGUGUGUGCGUGUGUGUGUGUGUGGUGGGUAUGGAGAAACAUAGAGGAGUGUGUGCAGCCUUACUGUGAGCUCUGAUUACCUCUACCUGAACAGUAUCAGUGAUUUGGUUGUGUAUACCCAUCCUCAGCAAAGCUACAGUGUUUCACAGACAGAAUGGCUGCUCAUAUAAGCACAAACUUCAGUCUUUUUGCCAUUUCAGCUCAUUUUCUUGAACACUUUAAGCACUUCAAAUUCAAGGUUACAACAAGGAUCGGAUCUGAACAGCUGGGAUCUACUGAACACACUUUAGCCUGAAACCUGUAUCAGAAACAAGCUGCCAAAUACAAGCAAAGACUUGUCCCUCUUUUAUUAUUGCUGCAGUGUGUUUUGAAGCAACAUUCUAAUGCAAAGUAAUGAGUGGAGAUUAAAUGGAGUAAAACGACUUCCUUUCCUUAAUUUUUUUUUUUUUUUUUUUUUUAACUUUGGUAUCAGAAACUUACAAGAAAUGUCUGCCAAAUUGCACUACAUGUGUUCUUUUGUGUUUUCAGCCUGAAAAAGUGUUGCUUUCUGGUCAUAUUUAUCACAUUUCUCAACAAUGGUGAUCAAGAAUCAGUUCUUGCUUUUUUGCUACGAAUGAAUGAGAAAUUUGUGUCUGUUCUAAUAUGCUGUUGUUCACACCAGUGUUUUUCAGUCCCAGUGCUGGAGCAUCACUCUAUUUUACUCUGGAUUGUGUGGCUUUUGUUCGACUUUAUAAUGUGUGUAAGGACAGGAAAAACCGAUUGUGCACCAAUAUUCCAGCAGUAACUGUGACUGAGAACCAGACUUCAGUCUUCAUUCAGUAAAGACUGAUGAAAGGACUUUUUCUAGGCUACUGGAUUAUUAUUUCCAUCACAAAUGUAAUCCAAGCCUGUUAUAUUUGUCAUGUGUAAUUACUGUUGUUGUUAGUUGCAUUCUGAGCUUUGUGUUAUUCGUGAGCGGGGAAGAUACACAGUGACAGUGACAGUAUGCGGAGGCUAAUUUAUUUCUAUCAAAAUAUGACAUCUGUUGUUGAAACACAUUUGCAGUUAUUAAUGUGUAUAUAUUCAAUACAAUCAUUUGAAAUGUAGCAUUAGUUCCUAACCCAUGUUCAGGAGGUAAGAGAAUAUUCUAUAAACUCAAACAUAUCUCUAGUUUAAACAGACUUUCGAAUGUAAACGAGACCGAUUCUAUUUUCACAGUUUGACGCUUGUGGGUUUAUGAAUGAAGUGUGAAUUUUUUGUUUUGUUUUGUUUUAGAAAAGUAUAACUUCAAGGCAACAUCUGGUUUGGAACUGUAGUAAAAAUAUGUGGAAGAAAAA